UAGAAAUAAAUAUAUAAUAAAUUAUAAAAACUAUGGCUCCAGUACCAUUGGAAGGACAUCAAACUCCUGUGACUAAUAUGCCACAGGAAGGCAAUCGUGGUGGCUCUAUCUCUCUCGGAUUACUAAUCGAUUUUAUCAUUCAAAGAACAUAUCAUGAACUUACAGUAUUAGCUGAAUUAUUACCUAGAAAAACGGAUAUGGAGCGUAAAAUUGAAAUAUAUAAUUUCUCUGCAAGGACACGUCAAUUAUUUGUACGAUUAUUGGCAUUAGUUAAAUGGGCUAGUAGUGCUACAAAAGUUGAAAAAUCUGCUCAUAUUAUGGCAUUUCUUGAUAAACAGUCAUUAUUAUUUGUUGACACGGCUGAUAUUUUAGCAAGAAUGGCUCGUGAAACUUUAGUUCAUGCUAGAUUACCAAACUUUCAUUUGCCAGCUGCUGUUGAAGUAUUAACAACUGGAUCAUAUAAUCGUCUUCCAGCAUGUAUUCGAGAAAAAAUUGUUCCGCCAGAUCCAAUUACAAUAACAGAAAAACGCAGUACUUUACAAAGAUUAAAUCAAGUCAUCCAGCAUAGACUUGUAAUUGGAAAUCUUUUACCUCAAAUGAAAAAUUUAGAAAUUGAUGCUGGACGAGUAACAUUUCACAUAGAACAAGAAUUUUCUGUUUCAUUAACUGUAAUGGGCGAUGGACCUAAUUUACCAUGGAGAUUAUUAGAUCUUGAAAUUUUAGUAUCUGAUCGAGAAACAGGUGAUGGAAAAUCAUUAGUACACCCAUUACAAACACAUUAUGUACAUCAAGUUAUACAGGCACGUCUUUCAGAGAGCACUGAUCCUUUGUCUGAAGUAUAUCAUAUUUUACAUUAUUUUUGUCAAUCGUUACAAUUGGAAGUAUUAUAUUCACAAACCUUAAGAUUGAUAAGAGAUAGAUUAGAUGAUCAUAUUCGUAUAGAUAAAUAUAUUUCUGGGGAGUGUUUAACUAUUUCUUAUUGGAAGGAAUUAACAAAUAAAGAUUCUGGAUCAGAACUUGGAUAUAAACUUAGUAUUUUAGUAGAUCAGCAUGAUCCCGCAAAACCAUUAGCAAUUGUUCACACACCAUCAUUGACAAAUAAAGAAUGUGAAUUUUCAGAUUUAGCAAUAAGAUCAAAUCAGUUGUCAAUGGAAUAUUUAUUAGUUCACACUAUCUAUAUAAGAACAAGAAAUCGUUUGGCUGAUUUAAAACAAGAAUUACAAAAUAUGUUUAAAGGUGCAGAAUGUAUAUUAGCAGGUUCACCGGCAAUUUUAUCAGUUCCAAUUUUACAACCAUGCCUUAGAGCUGAAUUGCUUUUGAUUGCAGUUGAUACUCAUACUGGUAUGUUACAGUGUCAUAUACCACAAUAUGAUGCUCCACUUGUUCCAGAAUUAACAGCUGCAUUAAAUGAUGAUCAUUUGAAACUUGCAGUAUUAAUAUCAGAAUUAAGAUUUUGGAUCACACAAAAACGUUGUGAGAAAACAUUGCAACAUUUACCUGCUACAUCCCAUGAAAAAUUACCACUAGUAUACCAAGCAGAUCAUCCAAUAACAUCUAUUAGUAAGCAUAGAAUAUUUGUGCAGUUUCAUAGACAUCCAACUGUAAUUCUAAUUGUAUCAUUCAAAGAAAAUAAAUUAUCACCAUGUGAUAUUCAAUUUUCCUUUUAUUUAUGUGCAGUUAAGCCGUGUUCAAUUGAACAUGAUGCAAAUGAUGACAAUAUUGAAACUAAAACUCAUAAUGUAUAUUUAAAAUUAGAAAGUCUUAUUGAAUUUGAUACAUUUGUUAUAACUCAUGGAUCAUUUACAAGUAUUGAUUGUGAAAAUAAUGAAUUAGAAUCUACUACUUCAACAGAAUUAAUAGAUAAAAAUGGUAAAAAACGUAGAAAUGUUGGUCUUAGUAUAAGAACUGACAUAAAUAGUUCAAUGCAAAGUAAAAGACCAAAAUCUCCAGCAUAUUUCAUUCCAGAAUUAGCGCAUGUAGUUGCACUUUGCGAUGAACAAAUACCGUUUGUUAUGCUUGCUCAAGAAUUAACAAAACGAGAAAUCGCUCAUCAAGGUUUACAAAUAGAAGCAAAUGCUACUGCAUUAGUAUUAAAACUUGUUCAACUUCCGGCUCCUUCCAUAAAUAUGUUAACAAAUAAUGCAUGGAAUGCUCUUCUUAAAAGAUUAUUAAGUGUAGCGAUUCGAGUGCAAGGUAAAGGAACAGGAAAAGUUUGGUUAGUAGAGUUUUUAUUUUAUGGUAGUCCUCUGAUAAGCAGUCAUCCAAAAGAGCAGGGUUUAAGAAGGCCUAUUUAUUUUCAAUAUGAAAUGGGGACGAUAGAUACAAUAUCUCAAAUGGUGGAUUUACUUCUUAACGAUUGGGUGCAAAUUGUCAAUCUUUAUUUACUGAUCCAUGAUCUUUCAGAAUAUUUCAAAAUGGAAAAAUCAAAUUUUCGUAAUAUUGCAAGUAUUAAAUCUUACAAUUAUAGUAAAUUAAUAAUGUCUUAUGGACCUUAUAGAAGAGCAACAAUAACAGCACAAUGGGAUGCAAAAAUUAAGGGGUUUAAACUUUAUUUUGGUAAAAGUCCAACGAGUACAAUUGAUAAUGCACACUCUCUACUGAAAGAGCAACUGGAGGCACAUCUAAAUCGAGAUAAAAAUCUAAUGCAAAUCAUUCAUAUUUUAAACGAAACUCUUCAGCCUCUCACGUCAAUAAGUAAAUUACCUAUAAUACCCCAACUUGGCUUGUACGAAAAGCGAAUGCAAAUACCCGUACAAACGUUUGUUAUAAUGCCUCAGUGUAUAACAUUAGUGAGGAUCGCCUAUCAAAAUAUGUAUUGCUUAGAAUUAUGUUUUCGAGGUGAUGGUCUUGUAAGCCUACGUGACGGUGCUUACAGUCGUUUUGACCAUAGUAAUGUUGUCGAUGGUUUCACACCUAUCCAAGGUUUAAGUACGUUUUUGUCCCAAUAUGUCGAUAAAAAUGCUGUAUAUCGUCGCCGCUCUCAAUCUGAAGACGACAAUCCACCAUCACCCGUUACUAUAGAUAGCGAAGGUAAUGGAGCUGGAAGUAUUGGUUUUCUGGCACAUCAUAGGAGUGGACCUCAGUCACCGGCACAGCAACGCGAAGCUCUCCGAUUUCAUCCGCCACUAACUCCUCCAUCUGGAAGUAACCCUAAUACGCCAGCAAGUCCACAUACGGCAGGUAUGCCUCCGAGUGGUCAACAUCAGGGUUAUGGCAAUAGUCCGGGUAUGUCGCUCAAUUUAGCUUCACCACCAUCUCUUACACCAAGUACGCCUAAUGUUCUGCCUCACCCUUCACCUGGUUCAGGUCUCGUAGCUAGUCCGUUAAAUCAGAUGCAUGCUCCUAGUCCAGCAGGCCUUAUGCCUACCUCUUCUCCAGGUCCAUGUGGUAGUGUUCAAGUAGGCCAUUCUCCGGCCAGUUCUUUCAUGCAGGCAAGUCAUGGACUAGAUGGUAGUCCAUUUCCUUCUUCACAGAGUAUGGCCUCACCUGCAGCUUCGAACUGGGUUGGUUCACCGAGCAUAUCACGGCCUUCGCCAGCACGCCCUGGUCAAAGUCCAGGUCACGUACCAUUGCAUAGUCCUCAACAAACAGCAGCUGAACAUCGAACAUUAAACCAUGUAUCGCGUGUUUUACCUCAAAGAUCUUGGGCGGGUGCUAUUCCUACAUUACUCAGUCACGAAACACUCGAGUUAUUAUGCGGAGGCUCACGGCAAUCUGGACAAUCGAGUAGUCUUGGCCCCGAUACGUCACCACUCGAAAGAUUUUUAGGUUGUGUUUACAUGCGUCGGCAAUUACAACGCUUUAUUCAAACAAAUGAGAGCUUGGCAAUCGUUAACAGCACUGAACCAGGUGUUAUUCAUUUUAAAGUAGAAAGUUUGCAAUGUCGCGUUUCGCUAAAUCCUCAGAAUAUGCAAUCAUUGCAUAUUAAGAUACAACCAUUACCAGAACACAACAAACAAUGGAGUCUUGACGAUCUGCAAACGCUUGAAAAGUUUUUUGAGAGCCGAGCAGUGGCUGCACCUUAUAAGCCUAAUACUUUAUUAGGUUUUCUUAACAUGUUAAAUCUGCCUUUCAAUGUCCUCAAAGACUUUGUUCAGAUAAUGAAGCUUGAGUUAAUUCCUGGUUUAGUACAACAGCAGCAGAUGAAAUGGACUGCACAAUGGUGUCUUCGAGUGCCACCGUCAGCAAUGCCCAUCGUUCCUUGUGGUAUGCCAGCUGUUAUCCAACACAAGAUGAAGAUUCUGUUUUUUUUACAUAUUUUACGAUUGGGAGUGCAAUGUCGGGAAGAAGAAGAGCCACCAUCUCUUAUUUUACCAUUGGUUUACGAUGUUAGAACAAAUUUGACUCAACUGGCAAAUGAAAGAGAUUCUGCUCCUGCUUCUGCAAUGACUGCCGUUUCAGUACAGCUUAAACGGUUCGCCGAGUAUGGAAGUAAUUCACAAGAAUGUUCCAUUUUUCCUGCGGUGAGGAACCUUUUAGUAAACUUAAUAUUGCCUUCGGAGACAUUGGUACCUCAGCAAAUGGCAUCUUCAAUAUCUGGGGGACAAGUGACAGCUGGGCAGCAGAUACCGAGCGCUGGCAUGCAAAUGAUGCCUGGAGCUCAGGGACCACCACAAGGACCUUACAGAACACAGGGAAUGGCCCCAUUGAAUAUGAUGGGUGGUCCUCAGUGAUAUGAAAGUUUAGAUAUUUGUAGUUAUUGAUAAAAUCGAUUAAGCAUAAUAAAUUCAGCAGAUCAUUAAAGAGAUGUCAUUUGCAGUACCACCAGAAGAUUUGUAAAAUUUAUAAAAUGAAAACUAACAGUU